AUGGCGUCGCGGCAGAUGAUUCAUGAGAUGGAGGUCAGACUCAAUACUUUUCUUCGCACGCUGAUUUCUCAUCCUACUUUCGGGCAACACGAGUUGCUAUGGGAGUUUAUUCUCAUUCAGGAUAUGUCGCAGCACCAGUGUAUUGAACGGAGUCGUCGUAAGCUCGAGAGCCGUAAAGAGUUCCAGUACGAGGACUUCACUUUGUAUGGACCAGCUGAUUUAGAGUCCAUUGAAGUGUUUUUUGAUCACGCUCGUCAAGAGACACAGAAAAUAUCGUCUUCUUUAGAGAGGCUGGCGAGGAUUAUUGGCCAGCUCAGAAACAAGUAUCUUAAUCUGGCAGAAGCAGUUAAGAUUUUUGACGAGAGGUUCUCGCAAGUGCAGUUCUUGCGACCCAUUUAUGACCAGGUGUUGAAACGAGACUAUGUUCUAUCACAGAGUAUCCAGCCAUUGGGAUUCUCAGUGUUCUCAUUAGAAAUACUAGCAGCGGCCAGUACCUCAGAUUCAGUUCUAUCUGCUCUAGACAGACCAGUAGCGAUGAUCCAGCAAUUGAAACAACAGGACUCGAUUCUCAUUAAUAGUCGAGCUCUGUUAGCCAAAUUGACAGCCAAAUCUGGCUGGCCAUUGGGUAUGUUUGAGGAGAAACGAGAGCGAGAUAUCAAUGCAGUUCGAGACCGCAUCUACCAUACCCAGAACGAGGUUGAGCGACUGAGCAACGAUGUAAAAUACGCACACAUAUCACUGGCAUCCGAGCUAGGAGGGUUCCACACGUCCCAAGGAGCCGAACUCCACCGACUCAUCCAGACAUUCACCCAACGAAUGAUCGAGCACGAAAAAGAGCGUCUCAACUACCUCGAACGACUCGCUGCCACUACACGUCGGUUCACGGCCAGCCACCACCCGUAG